CCGCCAUGUUGAAAUAGUUCUAGACAGGCCCAACGCUGGCAGCGAGCAACGGCAACUGGCAAGUGGCAACGGCCUGUGAGAUCUAUAGCGAGCGUGUAUUGCGCGCGCCCAAGUUCCCGGGGCGGGAAUACGACGACCUAGCGGCCGCGAAGAGAGUCUACUUAUAUGCUCUAACCGACAGAGCGAAAAAUCAAAAAGAGAGGAAGAGCGAGAGAGAGAGAGAGAGAGAGAGAGAGAGAGAAAGAGUGCGCGCGCUAACAGUCGUAGUCGUCGUCGUCGCGCAGGAUACACACACGGAGAAGAAGAGCUGUGCGGAUCUGUGCGAAAAUUCCGUGCAGUGCGUGCGCUGCCGCCGGGUCCCGAUAAGCUACCUGCAGCUCACGAGACGACUUUCCUGCUCUCGUAGUCUCUCUUCCCGGGACGAGGUGGAGAGCGAGAAAGAGAGAGAACGAUCACCAGGUACAGCCGCCGCCGCCGCUACCGCUGCCGGUCGUCGUGCGAGAGACGAGUGAGAGGCCACCAUACAUCAGAGAGAAGAGCAGCAGGAAGAGGAAGAUGGGGGCUUACUUGACACAGCCCAAGACCGACAAGGUCUCCAGCGACCAGGUCGGCAAGAACCUCAUCGUCGGAGCUAGCUCCAUGCAGGGCUGGCGCCAGAGCCAAGAGGAUGCUCACAACUGUUGCAUAGACUUUGACGAAGAUUGUUCACUGUUUGCCGUUUAUGAUGGGCACGGAGGGUCUGAAGUGGCGACGUAUUGCUCUAAUAAUCUACCAGAUUUUAUUAAAAAUACAGAGGCAUACAAAUGGGGUGAUAUUAAGCAAGCUUUAAUUGAUGCUUUCUUGGGAUUCGACGCCACGCUUACAAAACCUGAAAUAAUUAGCAUCUUGAAAGAUAUAGCUAGAAGUCAAUUAUCUGAUAAUGAAGCAGAAAAAGGAAAAGAUUCUGAUGUCGAAGAAAAUGUCAACAACCUUCGAAUAGAAGCAGCAAUGCCAUUGGAUCAAGUAAUGGCCAAAUAUUCAGCAAAGUUUGGAAACCUGAAGUUCAAACCACUCGUCAGUGAAAGUUGUGCUAGUCCAUCGAAUUUCCAGAGUCCAUAUUUACGUAGUGGAAGGAGUAAAGACAAAGGGGCUUGUUCAUCGUCUGGUGCGGGCUGUUCAACAUCAUCAACAUCAUGGAACAGCAACGAAACAGAUGUAAGUAGUUCGAGUCAGCCUUGUGAGUUGUCCUCUUCGACUGCAGACCAUAAACCUGCUGAGACUGCUGGCAGUAGCGAAGCAGAUCAAGUACUAGAUUCUACUACAAGCAAUGGUGAUGUUCCUCGUUCGUCCCAGGUGGGCUCCUCUGCAGAUUCAGGUUCUGCUAAAUCAUCCGAAAUGCCAGACAGUUCUGAGGAUGUCAGCGAUACAGUAUCACCUAGUAAAGCCACCAAUUCAACGAUCACACCAAACGAGGCAGAAACAAAUGGAGAACAACUAAGCAAGAGCUUUGAGGAUGCAGAUAGCAGUAAAAAUACAGGUGAUAAUGAAUGCAGCAGUUCCUGUACACCAGUGGAGAAUGGUGAAGCUGAGCAGCAAGAAAAAAUCAGUAGCAGUGGCCGCAUGAAGAAGCAAUUGAUAAAUCUCUACAAAAGUAUAAUAACUGAGGCUGAGGAUGAUUCUGAUGAUGAUGACGACGAUGACGAUGACGAAAAUGAUAAAAAUUUUGAUGGCCAACCACAGAGUGAUGAUGAAGGAGAUGUAGAAAACGAUGAUAGCAAUGAGGAAGAAGAUGAUACUGAAGAUGACGACGAAGAAGAUGAGGAGGAUGAGGAAGAAGAGGAAGAUGAACCUAUGUCAUCACUCGACGAAGAGCCUGGUUCGGACAGUGGAUGUACAGCAGUAGUUGCUAUUCUCAAAGGAAAUGAAUUAUAUGUAGCCAAUGCAGGGGAUUCUCGGUGUGUACUGUGCCGAGAUGGAAAAGCAGUUGAAUUGAGUUUUGAUCACAAACCUGAGGAUCAGCCAGAAAUGCAGCGCAUUGUAAAAGCUGGUGGAAAAGUUACCGCUGAUGGCAGAGUAAAUGGUGGACUUAAUUUGUCGAGAGCACUUGGUGAUCACGCUUACAAGAAAAACAAGGAUCUACCACCAGAAGAGCAAAUGAUAUCAGCUUUGCCAGAUAUUAAAACGGUUACGUUAGAUCUAGAAAAAGAUGAAUUUAUGGUACUCGCAUGCGACGGCAUUUGGAACUUUAUGUCAAGUCAAAACGUAAUCGACUACAUACGCUCUGCUUUCGCCCGAGGGUAUGACAAUGUCUCAAAAAUUUGCGAAGAGUUAUUUGAUUAUUGCUUAGCCCCAAAUACUCUCGGUGAUGGUACCGGAUGUGACAAUAUGACAGCGAUAAUCGUGAAAUUCAAAUCGUCCAAGACAGGAAACGGAGAAGGUACUGCGGCAGAGGUUACAACGGUUACCAAGAAAAGGCCUGUUUCACCAAGUACAUCCGCCGAAGGGACCGAAUGUAACUCUGAAAAGACCGAAGAUAAUGUGAUAGAUGAAUGUAAGCGUUUUAAAGCAGAAACGUGCUGAGCACAUUGGGACUAAACAAGAAAAAAAAACAUGAAAACUGACCUACGAGAGCUGUUGCAUUAAAUGUGAAUUUUUGUAAAAUUAUAAAACUUGUAAAGCUGUGAAGUUACCUUGCAUUCACAGCGAUUAUCAUAUGUUAUAGUUUUAUGUAUAAAAGAAUGUAUCAGCGUUGAAUAUUGGUGAUGGACUGAUAGACAUUUGGAGCAUAUGAGGAUGAUAUACUUUUUUUUUAACUGCAUACGCAUUUUUCACUAAUAGCUCGCAUUUGUUAAUAAUUUUACUUACCGUUGUUUGCAAAUAGUUUUAUGAUAACAAAAUCGUGAAAUGCAUGAAAACUGUACACUAUAAUUGUUUCCUGCGCGGAAAAAAUUUAGAUUAUAAUUGGCCAAGGUGUCUUCAGUUAUUUUUGUUAAAUAGGAAGAUGUUAUGUCAUGUUUAUUUUAUUUUUUUUUAUUUCUCUAGAUUGUAUUAUUUCCUAAAUUAUAGUGUAGGUAAGGUAGCUUUAAAAAGCCUAAUCAUUAGUGCACUUCAAUAUAAAUACUUGCAGUGGUUUCUGUCAAAUUAAACCAUGCAUAAUUUUACUUAUAGUGACUCAAAUCUGUAAACCUUACACUUCUAUUUUUAUAUUUUUUGACAUCGAAGGUUAUUUAAACUGUAUCAUUUAUGUUAAGACACGUUAUGAGAACAUUUGAUCUCUUUUAAUAUUAUCCCAUUUGCUCCAUAUACAUCUAAGCUCAAUUUUAUAAAAUGUUGCAUGAUUUGUAAAUUCAUUUUUACAUCCAUGUGUUUUCAGCUGUCUUAUAGUUGAGUAAAUUAUGCAAAACGAUACAAGUCUCUUAUUAAAGAAACCACUUUUUUUGAAUGUCAUCGAAUGUCGCUCGUCUAGGCAUAUACAUGUACAUAUUUAUAAAACUAGCCUGUAGAAUUUGUACUUGGAAUUUGAAACAAGACCAUUUCUUAUUUUUAUUGUAUUAAAUAAAGUUUAUUUUUGAAUCCCUGGUCA